CAAGUGCACCACUGGAAUGCAUGACAGCGGCAGAGUUGCAGAGCUGCCGGCGCGUCUGGCGCGUCUUUGUCCCUGACACGUCCAAAUGCGAGCCGUCCAAGCGAACCCGACAUACCAACACCGAUGAAACGGAGCCAUGCAGUAGCGAACCUUGGCAAUGGCAAUUCGACGUUAUCUAAGAGGAGACAACCUAUUAAGCCGAUUGUUUUGAGUAGUGAUAGCGAGUCAGAUGCAUUCGAGUCCCGUGGGACACACAACCUGGGCGCGUCCGACGACAGCUCUUCACAUGAAUCUCGGCAUUGCUGCUCGCUGAAUCUGAUCCAGAAAUUGCAGCAGGUCGCCUUUGAAGACUUCAAGAGUGAAUUCGUCUCGAAUUUGAUAGCCUACGCCUACCAACCGAACGAGAUGCGCCAGAUAGGAAACCGGUUCGAACCAAGCUGCCUCCGACAACGACUCCGUCCAAGCUCUUCGCGAUGUGCUACAGCAAUGGAUAAAUGGAGACAAGUUCGCGCGAUAGGGGAAUCACUUCUACUACAGACUAGACCACAAAUACGACGAAAGUCCAUUCCCGCCAGCCGUGUUUCUCGAUCGGGAUCGAGUGGUCGUCGAAACACUGUGGAGGAUUGCCCAGGAGCUGCGUAUUGAGGUUCUCUUUGCAAUACUAGAUCGGGACGACGAUGAACCAACGCCGAGCUACUUGGCCCGCAGGCUUGUGGACUUUCAGGGCCAGGAUCUGAUCUAGGAUAUACCAAUUGAGAAGGAAAACUGGUUGCAGACCAGGCUCCCUUCGAUCAAAGCCCGCCCUCCUGACGCCGAGGUGGCCGUCAUGUUUGUUCCGCAAGACAGUCUGGUGGACUUUCUGAUGCA